AUGGUGACAAUUCAUCGCACACUUGAACAAGCUAGCCUGAAUGUAAAGCAAGUCCAAAAAAUGGCCUCGGAAUGUGACCCCAUACAUUGCAUCACCCAAUAUCCUGCCAGCUGUCUCUUGCCAAUGGAUGAAGUCUUGAAAGAUGAUUGGACCUAUGCACAUUUAUGGGGUAGAUCAGAAGUGGGAUCAAGAGUUGAAGUCCAUCAGCCCUUCUGCCAGAAGCAGUGCUUCUCAAUGCUUGCUGCACUUGUGCUGGACAAGGGAAUUGUUGUGGUGGAUGUUGUCAAAGGGUUGUUUACUCAAGACCUUUUCAUCAAAUUUUUGCAGGAUGAUGUGGUUCGCAUUUUUGUUCUCUUUAGCUUGUUUUUUCUUCCUAUAUGUGCUGCAUUAUCUCAACUCCCACUCACGACACCACAUCCCAGCCCUUGA